UUUACAACCAUCCUCGAGUUGUUGAACACUUCCAGAUCCGUGCGUGGUGUAUUGUGUCUCGAGUAUACCAAAUACGAGAGCUCUUUUUUGAAUUAUUGCGUGAUGUUAUGGUUGUCUCUAAGAGAAUUUAUGACAUGGAUGAUGAUGGCUUAGCAGGUGUUCUGUACAAAUGUCUGAAGCAAAAAACAUACCUCAUUGUUUUGGAUGAUAUAUGGGACCGCGCAGCCUUGGAUGCUUUAAGACGAUCGUUUCCAGAUGAUAAUUCGGGAAGCACAAUUAUGUUGACCACCCGAAUGCCUGAUUUGGCUUCGCAAGCUGAUUGGACGGCACAUAUUCCUUCUCUUAAUCACCAUGAAUCUUGGCAUUUAUUAUGUAGAAAAGCAUUCGGUGAUACUGAUUUACCUCACGAACUUCGAAGCAUCGGAGAGAAGCUUGUAAAGUACUGCCACGGAGUACCUCUUGCAAUUUUUCUCAUGGCUGGUGUCCUGGAAAAGAAUAAAAGGAAUCUUUCCUACUGGGUAAAAAUGGUAGAAACUUUGCUCUCAGAUCGUGAUCCUGAUAGAAAUGUGCUCUUUUCUGCACUAAAAAUUGCUUGCGACAGCUUACCAGAUCACUUGAAGCCCUGCUUUCUUUAUUUAGGAGAAUUUCUAGAGGAUAAGGAAAUCCCUGCUCGAAAAUUGUGCGGACUGUGGAUCACAAAUGGAUUGAUACAAAAAACUGAGUCAAAAACAUUGGAAGAUGUUGCAGAGGAAUAUUUGUUGGAAAUAAUAUCUAGAAACUUGGUAACUAUUUCUAGAAGAACACACAAUGGCAGGGUCAGAGGAUGUCGUGUUCAUGAUGCAGUGCGAGACGUAUGCAGGUCGAUGAAGAGGGUAGAAUUGUCCUUUCAUUGAUGGUCAUGCCGUUUAUGAAGAUGACCAUGAUAGCACUUGGCGUUAUUAGAGCCAGAAAGAGAUUGGAUGUGUGAACUUUAGUUUGAGUAAUUAGUUGUGUAGUUUAGUCCCUUUCUCUUGUAAUCAGAUAUGUAGUAAGGCUGAUGUUUCAUUAUCUAAUUAGCAGCAAAUUUGGUUGGAUUCUUGGGAAUUGUAUUAUGAUUGUGAGACUUAUUAUGGAUGCUAGAAUUGCUAAUUAUCUU